AUGCAAAUAAAAAGGCAGCGUCCGAGCCGGGGACAGUUGACUCUACCAGUACUCAAGCCUAACGCCCGCGUACCCAGGAGCCAUCCGUGCGAACCUGUUGAUCAUGUCUAUAUCUGGGCUUCACGUCGGACAAUUUUCACGCGUUCGAGCUUAGGCCUGCUACGAUCACAUAGUAUCGAGUAUUUGCAUCGAGAUGACCCACUUGGGCUCCCCGACCGGAGACUUAGGGAACUCAUGGCAGAUUCAAGUGCAGUUGAUCCAUACUCGAAGCGUGACAAAUUACUCGGCAACGCUGUAGAUCGCUGCUCCACGCUGUUUCAGGAUUCAGGAUACCGAACCUCCGGACCUCAAAAUUGA